UAUAAAUACUAAUACCAAUUAGCUAUAGUUUGGUCAUUGAACUUGCUAGAUCUCUAAUAUAUUCAUGUCCAGUUGUUGAUAAGUGCAUCAACAAUUGAAAGUUACGAGAAAAAAUGGGAAGGGAGAAACGGAUAUGUCAAGGUAAACAACACUUCAGCCAUCCCCACUUCUUGAAACUAAUUGUCAAUCCAUCUGAAACACUCACUUGUAAUGCUUGUGAGCAACCAAAUAUUACUAAUACUACUUUCUAUGGCUGCAAUACCUGCCAAUAUUUCCUCCAUGAAAACUGCCUCAAUGCUCCGCGUUUUCUCGAUCAUUCAUCUCAUCCUUCCCACCACUUGACCCUUCUCCCAACUCCAACUUACUCGAAUCGUUCCUAUACUUGCAAGGCUUGUGGCUCUGCUGGCAAUGGCUGUAGCUUUAGCUGUGCCUGUUGCGAAUUUGAUGUCCACAUGCACUGUGCCCUUUUACCCCAAACUGUUGUCCUUCCCCAGCACCAUCAUCAUGAACUUGAGCUCAUAUUUGAAUCCCCUUUAUAUGAUGAUGCUGAUGAUGGAAGCAACGUUUUUGUCUGUGAUAUCUGUCGUGACAAUGUAGAUCUUAAUAACUGGUUGUAUUAUUGUGCUGAUUGUGAUUUUGGUACACAUCUCGAAUGUGCCAUUUCCAAAUCUUUCAGCCAAAAAGAACGUCCGAAACUGUUGGGCAACAAACCAAGAGAAAAUCCAGUAGUAAUCAGGAAAACAGUACCCAUCAAGAACGAAAAAGAAAUCAAUCAAGAUGAAGAGGCAGAGGAAGAAGAAGAAGAAGCAGAAGCGGAAGACGAAGAAGAGGAGGAAGAAGAAGCAGAAGCAGAAGCGGAAGACGAAGAAGAAGCAGAAGAGGAAGAGAAGGAGGAGGAGGAACUCAAUUAUCCAAGAUCAAUUCUUAUUGACAAACAUCAACAUGAGUUGGAGCUCUGCUUUGGUUCUCCUUACGAAGAUAAGGAUACCCUAUUUGCUUGUGAUAUCUGCAAUAUCAUAAUGGACUCGGACGAAUCCUUGUACUAUUGUGCUGAUUGUGAUUUCGGGUCGCACUUGCACUGUGCAUCUCCUGAUGCUGAUGUUCUUCCGUCAUCACAUCAACGUCGAAAUCCAAACCCAAAAUAUCAAAUUCCAAAUGUAAAUUCAUCAGUGGAGAUGAUAAAUUCAGUUAGUGAUGCUCAUGAGCGGCUUAUAGCAGCUCAAAUUGAAUCUCAGAUUGCAAGACGAGGAAGACAGGCUAUACUGGAUUCGAUAGACGGGCCAUCACCAAGACGCUAUUACUACUAGCUAAUUGCUAUCCACCUUUUCAAUUCAUGUUAAUUUUCCGCAAAUCAAAUGUUUUGCAACUGUUAUGUUAUUUCCUUUUGGAGCACAAUUAGUUCUAUUUCAACUCUUGUAUUUCUGUUUUAUUUUCAGUUUCCCAUACCCACAUUGGAGCGCUGCAUAGUGCCCAAUUUGAGGAGGGGGGGCGCUCUUGAAUUUGAGACAUCUGAUUGAGAGAGAAUCAACGCUAUCCACUGCACCACAUCCGGGUGACUUGUAUUUUUAUGGUUCAUGUUGAUGCACAUUUUUCUCCAUCUUCUUUA